UUGGUGCCACAAUGCCUCGUUGGUCUUUGAUUAUCAGCCACAAUAAAUAAAGCCCCUACUCACUUUCCAAGGUUCACACCUCCAUUUGCAUCUUUGCCUCUAUAAAAUACCUUGUUUAAUUCCCUCUUUCAUUCAAGCCUCAACCUCUUUUUCUUUCUUCCUUAAUAAAUUUUCUGCCAUCUCUGACAUAAAGCAAAGAUGACCAAGGUCACAGCCCUGUUCUUCACCCUGUUCCUCUGCUACAUGCUUGUCCAUGCCACACGCCCUGAACCAACUUUUCACAAGGAAUCCUUGGUAAAAACACAGUAUCAGAAUUUUGAAGCAUUUGAUGAGAGCUGCGAAGGCGUUGGAGAGGAUGAAUGCUUGAUGAGGAGAACACUUACCGCUCACGUCGACUAUAUUUAUACGCAGAAGCAUAAACCUUGAAAAAAAAAUAAAAAAAAAUUAUAUCUCCUGGUUCUGUAGCAACCACAUAUCAAGACAGGAGCAAGAGUUCUUUUAAGCUUGUUUUAGAUACAUGAGGUGUAGGUCACUAGUUCAUUUGGGACCGUAACUUGAAAAGGGAUUUUUUUUUUUUUUUUUAAUUCUCUUUUGCUUAUAUGUAUAUUGUAUGAAAUUGGGAUUUUAUGAAAAUAUUUGUCUUGUUGAUAGAGUGAGAGGUCAUCAGUUAUUAUUAGGAUGUGUCUCUUCCUUCUUUUGACAUUCAUAUCUGACUUACCGGCUCCAGAAUAUUUCAUAUUUUGGUUCACAACCUGUGGUACCGAACCUGAAGUUGGAGAUUGCAUCACAAUAAACUCACAACGUCAGCUUAAAGAAUGCUAAAAACACGCAAAAGAAAUUAAUUGAGCGUGCACUGCCAACUCAA